AUGGAAAAUGGGGUCAAGAACACGGAAACUAUCCAGCCCAAGCCAAGGUCCUCGCGGUCUUCUGUCAGCGACGAUAAUAAGAAGGCAGCUCAAGCAAGGAACCCUGGGAGUGCACGUAUCCCAUCUUCGAGGCAAGACUCCGAGAAGGGAAAGGGCAGAGAAUCGUUAGGAACCCAUUCUAAACUGCAAGGACGCAAAUCAUCUUCAACAGCUAAGAAGAAAAUAAGUAUUAAGGAACCCCCCAAACUCUUAAAUGCAGAUACAGGCAGUAAAGAAAGUCGAUCUAACCAAGUGGUUCCAGAGUGCAAAGAUAGCAAAAGCUGCAGUGACCAGUUAGAAGGCCGUAACGUGGAUACUAGAGAAGAUAAUGACCAGAAAAGCAACAACUGGAAGGCUAACGAAGAGAUCAACCUUACUCUAGCUCUCUCUAAUAAGAGUGAUGAAGACCUGUUUGAAAUUGUCAAGGACAACGAAGUCAACCAGUUUGAAGAGAACUUCGAACCUCUCUAUAAUCAUGAUAAUCUUAAGAACUCGAUACAUACAAAUGGAGACGUAAAAGCUGAGGAAAUGAAGAAAGAAGAAGGAAACUGCCAAGAUUCAGUUCUACAAGAUAGCGAGCAGUCAAAGCUUGUGGAACAGAAAGGAAGCAUUAAGGAGAUCUCCAGAAAAUCAGAGAACGUGGUUGUGGAAAACACUGAGCCCCAAACCACUAGUCGUAAAAUGACAUUACUGGAUAUUGGCAAACAGCAGUCUCAACAACGAUUACAAGCCAGGAAAGAGGUAGUUUCACUUUCACUUGAAGAGCGAAAACAACAGAUUUUAGAAGCAGCUGUCACAAAGUCAAAAUCAAAACCAGCUGACAAAAGACGAAGUAUUUUACAAAUUAAGAGCCGAAAUGAUGGAAAUCUCGUCAAGAACAAGAAAGAAGCGUUUGAAAAGCACGAUGUGACUCGCACUACUUCCAGCGGUUCCAUAGACAAACAUCAUCGAAAACAUCGACAUUUUCGAUUCCAUGGUAGGAGAAAAAGAUCCUUCGAGUUGUCAAAUGAGCAACUGGAAAUUGUACAAGAAGAUUGUGAAGAAGAAGGGCAAAGUACGAGUAAAAACGGACUUGUUCCAUCUAAACAGGAUCAAGAUACUCGGCUUGGCAACGGAGUUAGUGCAGAAUCAAAAAUUGCAAUGAGUGAAAACAUUGAGAAGAGCGUGGAAAAUGAGAAGAGCCACUCGCCAGUUAAGAUAAGCCCCUUUCAGUUGCGUUUUGUUAAACGACGAGGCUCUUAUGAUCUCGAGAAAAGAGCAAACAGGGACAGCCUGGAAUCG